AUGCCCCCAAUCGCCGAUCUUCGCCCUCUACCACCCACGGUGGUUGGCCCUACCACGAAGAAGGCAACUCGUCUAAGCAACAUGCUUCCCCAGUCCCUUAUCUAUGGUGCUCAAGUGACCGAGAAGGAAAUAUUCAAUCCGAAGAAGCACUUGAACUUCCAACACCCAAAGGGGGUCACUACCAUGAAGGAGAUCGGCGUUGAAGGGGCGUGGAAUAUCACCAGUCGCUGCUUCAGAAUUGUUCUCGUUGUUUACAGCCCAUGCUAUCAAGCGAAUUCGAGACGCGCGCCGUUUACCUGCGAUGCGUGGAGCUCUCCAGAACUACUGGCGGUAGUAUCUGAGGUUGCAGGAGUUGAUCUCGUGGUAGCAUUUGACUAUGAAAUCACCAAUAUCAACAUUUCAAUUAAUGAUGAUUUAUCAACCACCGCGGAAUUUUCAAAGGAGCCUGAGACUUUGGCCUUCGCAUGGCACUACGACAGUUUUCCUUUCGUGUGCGUGACUAUGCUCCCCGACUGCAGUGACAUGGUGGGUGGUGAGACUGCAAUCAGAACGCCCUCUGGCGAAAUAAAGAAGAUUCAUGGACCCGCAAUGUGGAUAGGUACUGCAGUGGUUAUGCAGGGGCGCUACAUCGAGAACCAGGCGUUGAAGGCCCUGGGAGGCCGUAAACGUAUCAGCAUGGUAACUCCUUUCGGACCGUGGAAUCCAUUUAUUCGCGAUGAGCUUUAUCGGCUGGUGCUUCUCGAAGAGAGAAUCCGCUUGAAGCUGAAGGAAGAACGGAAAAGGGUGGAUACUAAACAUGUUUUCAAUAUCUCCGAUAUGACAGGAUUCGUUGCAGUGCAGAAGGAUUUAUUGGAGGCCGCAAUCGCUGAGUUGAUCGAGGUCGAGGAUUUGGACUAA